AUUACCCUCCUUUCAAUUGCAUUUGGUUGGAAGAAGUAUGACUACUUGGUGGAGAGAAUAUACUUUAAAAAUUAUAGACGUUGAAUGUAAAAUUAAAGAAACUUUUCCAAAUGGAAUGUUUGAAAAUGGUUGGAUCGAAGUUAAGUCAACCACCAAUUGUAAUAAAGAAAAUGAUAAGUUUAUUAAUGAAGUACAAGAGUCAAAUAUUGAUAAUAAAGUAUGGUCAAUUGAUUAA